UCAUACUGUCAUCUGGUCAUAGUCGUCUGAAAUCUUCUUCGUUAUCAGUUUUUCAUGGGCUUUGGCUCGUUGGUCUACCCGGUUAGAAGGCUUCCUAUCCUCUCGACUCUAGUGAAGACUCAAAUAAGAGGGAGCACUGUGUUACCUGGAACCCCUAUUCUGAUACAUGUAGUGUUGCAUGGUACUAGUAGUUGUGACUCACUUGGAGGAGUGGAACAAAGAAAAAAAGUACACUCUGUAAGCUAUUUCUGAUUUCGUCAGUCGAUUUUCCAGUUACAAUGUCAUCACAAAUGGUCAAAAAGGCUGAGCCGGUAGCCAGCAAAGCGGAGAGUAGCCAUUCCGAUCAAAGUACAGCCCUGGAAAUACCUGAAAGCAGUGGCAGCAGUGAUGAUAAAUCAGUUGAAUACCUGGAACAUGGCAAUGAUGAGAACCUGCAGCAUAAGCUGUGGGUUGGAAACCUGGACUAUCGCAUCACCGAGUAUCAAAUAAUCAAGAUUCUGCAGCGCUUCGGCAAGAUCAAGUACUUCUACUAUCCGUAUAGCAAGUCGCUAAGCAACCCCCAGGCCAGUGGAUACUGUUUUGUGGAGUAUGAUACCAGAAAGGAUGCUGAAGGCGCCAAGAGAGGUUUAGAAGGGCGCAUGCUUCUGAAUCGUACUGUUCGUGUUUCCUGGUCAACCGGACGGACACAGUCGCUCUUAAAACAGACUGGUGACUCGGAUACUGCAUCGAAACCCAAGAAGCUGGACACUUCAGCUAAGAUCAAUGCAAUUGAGGCCAAGUUACUACUGAUGCAACACGGCCAGGAAGCUGUAAUUGGUGUGCCUAAUCGCCCUCGCCCUAAGCCCUAUGAUCGCGAUCGUCCAGGUGGACGCGGGGGCCGAGGCGGCUAUCGGGGUGGACGUGGAGAUGGCUUCCGACGCCGGUACUAGGUGUGUGUGUGUGUGUGCACGUGUGUUUGUGUGUGUGUGUAUUUGCGUGUGUGUGUGUGUGAUCAGGUGUGUGUGUGUGUGUGUGCAUGGUUAGGUGCACAAUCAUGCACGCUUUCACCUAUUUGAGAAACACGUGUACCUGACGUUACUGUAAACGGCAUAAUGCUUCAAAAAAUACACAACACCUAUUCUAUAUCUUGUUUAGAUGGCUGCGGCUACUUGCCGCAGUCAUUUAGCUGCCGCCGCCAUUGCUGCUGUAGCUAUCACCUUCAUAGGAGCUGGUCUACCUAUGCAUGUUGAGUCUUUCUUUAUAUUUUGAACUCAGCACUAUCUGCUAGCAUUAUCAUCAUCAUCACGUCAUUCUUUACCUGCACUGCUGUCUUGGCAUCGGAUUAUAUAAGUAAUUACCUGUGGGAAAAUGUUUCCACAAAAUCUCUGUCACACAAAGACUGUGAAUGUGAUCGGUUCAUGGUGAAAUACUGUAAUUAGUGGCUAAAUAAUACGGAUGAAACACAGACAGUGAGUAGAUGAUAUGGUAAGGACCAACAUAGGUCCUCAUUUGUACCAAUGAAGCAGGCAUAAAUAGCGCACUUCAAUCUGAUAUGGAAGAAGGAAAAGCAAAUUUGUUAGCUGCAGUAUUUGCUCUGAAUUUUGUUCUUGUCUAAAAAGGAAUAAUGAAAUAAUUAUAUAUUGGACGUUA